CUUUGCCCUGUUGUCGCAACCCAGCGACAACGAUGGAAACCACCGGCGGCGCCAUCAACGUUCCAGUCUGGAUCGCGCCCGAGACCGCGCCGGGCUCUUGCUUGGUGCUGCUGGCAGCCGAUGCCACAAGCUCUUGCAUGGUAGCAGAUGCUACGCCCGGGCGCUGCCUCGCCCAAGAGUGGAUCUUUGACGGCCACGGCAUCACGUCGCUGGCCGAACCGACUCUGCACCUCGGCGCCGACGUCCAUGGCCACUGCUGCAUGUAUCUGCCAUCCGCGCCUCUCUUCAAGUGGGUCUUUUGCAGUGGGUAUCUACUUGCUCGUCACGCACUGGGCUCUUGCCUCACGCUGCUCAGCGAUGGGAGCCUGGCGCUUCGCCCGCUCGCCAUUGGUGAUGCCACACAGCAAUGGCGGCUCGAUCCCAUUGCAAUCGUCGAGGCACCUCUGCCACGUGUCACGCGUCUCGUAGAUGACGCGGCCAAUGAUGCACUACCUACCGUCGACUUGGCGUCGCUCUCGGUGCACGACGUUGCCCAUCUGCUCACAUCCGGCGGCUUUCCAUCGAGCCUCUCUGCGCAGUGUCGGACGCUUGAGAUCAACGGCGACGCCUUGCAACAUUGCUCGUCCGUCAACGACCUCAUGCAACUGGGCGUGCAAGAUGCCGCCUUGGCCGAGUAUCUUUGGCAAAACAUCCACUAUUUUGGUCGCCACGGGGUGCCGCAGCGGCUCGUCACGCCCAUAGUUUACAUCAUCCAGUCGGUCAAGGACCCUCGCAUGUGCUUGCAUUUGAUCAGCGGCGACGCCAAAGGUGCGCCGAACGGCGACCGCUGCCACCUCUGGACCACCGUCAUAAAUCGACGCCAUCCCGCGCAAGAAUGGCUCCUCGAAGGUCCUUUGAUCAAGUCGGUCAAAGACACGACCAAGUGCAUCCAUUUAGCGAGUGGCGCGUCCCCGGGUACGUUCAACGGUGACUUGUGCCACCUCUGGCGCGUCGUUCCCGGUGCCCACCCUGCUCAAGAGUGGUCGUUUGACGGGCAACGCAUCUUGUCGGCCAAGGAUUUGACCAAGUGCAUUCAUGUGGCGAGCGGCAUGGCCCACCCGUCGUUCAACGGUGACGUGUGCCAUCUCUGGGACGUCCAGCCCGGCGAGUACCCCGCACAAGAGUGGACGUUCGUGCCCGUGGCCGAGGCGUAAACCCUAAAUCGAAUUGUUACGCCACCAAGUUGGGCCAGUCUGUAGCGUGUAGUACUCGCACAACAGGACAGAGAUGAGCCAAAGAAC